UUUUUUAAUUCCCAUAAAAACCCCAGGUUCAAAACUUCUCUAUCGUUCUUACCCUUUCUUUAAGCGGAAGUAAAGACAAACACACGAGUACGAGAGGUUUUCAUAAGAAAUCUUCUCGCCCUCUUCCUCUGCCAAGAAGCCAUGGCAGCUAUUCAGUACCUCGACUCUCUGCGCAACACCCACCCAGAGCUAUCCGAUUGGUACAACACCCUGUCAGAUCUGUACCACAAGAAGCUCUGGCAUCAGCUCACCCUCAAGCUCGAGCAGUUCGUCGCUCUCGCCGUUUUUCAGGCUGGUGAUGCUCUCAUUCAGUUAUAUCAUAAUUUCAUCACUGAUUUUGAGACCAAGAUCAAUCUUCUCAAGCUUGCACAUUUCGCCGUCAUUGUUUCUCGGCAGUAUUCAGAGAAAGAUGCUGCCAUUAGUUACCUGGAAGAUGUGAUAGAAAAGCUUCAGGCUACUAGAGAAAUGCGCAUUGAGGAACCAAUUCUUUUUAUAAAGAUGCAAAUUGCUAUCUUUAAUCUUGAGAAAGGCAGCCAAAAAGAGUGCAAGAAACUUCUCGAAGACGGGAAGAGUACGCUUGACACUAUGACUGACAUCGACCCAUCUGUGUAUGCCAGCUAUUAUUGGGUUUCAUCUCAGUGUCAUAAGUCUCGACAAGAGUUUGCUGAGUUUUACAAAAGUGCUCUUCUUUAUCUAGCAUAUACCUCAGUGGAGUCACUGUCAGACUCAUUUAAGCUGGAUUUGGCCUUUGAUUUAUCUCUAGCUGCGUUGCUCGGAGAGAACAUCUAUAAUUUUGGGGAACUGCUUGCGCAUCCAAUUAUAAAGAGCCUUCUGGGCACGAAGGUGGAAUGGCUCUUCUAUAUUCUUGAAGCAUUCAAUUCUGGUGACUUAGUUCGCUACCAAGAAUUGUGCCAGGUGCAUAGAGCUGCGUUGAGUGCUCAACCAGCCCUGGUGGAGAAUGAGAAAAAGCUACUAGAAAAGAUUAACAUUCUCUGUUUGAUGGAAAUCAUCUUCAGUCGACCAUCAGAAGAUAGAGCUAUUCCACUACGUAUCAUUGCAGAACGCACAAAACUUACUGUGGAGGAUGUGGAGUAUCUUCUCAUGAAAAGUCUAUCAGUUCAUCUAAUUGAGGGGAUAAUUGAUCAAGUUGAGGGAACUGUUCACGUCUCUUGGGUGCAACCAAGAGUGUUGGGAAUUCUGCAGAUCGAAUCUUUGCGUGAUCGGCUGGACAAUUGGGUGGACAAAGUACACACGGCUUUGUUGUCAGUAGAGGCAGAAACACCUGAUCUAGUUGCAUCUUAAAGCUUUAUUCCUCUGACAUCCUUUCCGCAUUAUGUAAUAGUCUAAUGAACGCCCAAAAUGAAUCGGCAACUGCAGCAAAGAAAAAGAUUGUUAGCUGCUCAGGUCAUCUUUGUAUGCUUCAUUUCAUACUGAUUCAUACUGAUUCAUCAGAUCUUGAGUUAUAUUUCUGAAAGGAGCAGGCUCUCGUGCUUUCAUUUUUCAGAUUUAUUGCAUUCCUAGAGACAUUUUACUUUCUUUAUGGUUUCAUUGAACAAUUUAAUGGAAAUGUUCUUGAGUUACAUCAA